CGAGUGUAUAAUCCGGAAACUAAGGGAUGCAAAGUUGGAGCAGUUUAGUGAAGAGUUGCAAGACUGGAAGAAUGAUGAUGAAUCUUCAGAAUCCGGUGAAGGGUGUUAAAUUCGAUGAAUUCAAUAAUAGAACGUAUGUAAUGGUGACGUGGCAUUUUGCUUAUUGGGCAGCAAGAAAGGACCAUGGGAAACUGUAGCAGUUGAUAGAGUUCGAUUCCCGACGUAGAAAAUUCCAAAAAAGUCGAACCGCGCGCCGAAAAUAAAAAAGGUCCAGAUACUGCAAUCCCUAUUAAUCAAACCACCGACGGCGACGGCCAAAACGACCACCACCACCACCAUUGGAGACGAAACACGCUCCGCCAACUGUGUUAACAACUCAAAUGAAUCCAGAGUCUCUGCCGGUAAUAAAUAAUGGAGGUCCAUUAUUGGACGAAGAAAUGAUAACAAUCCACUCGGAUAAUUCUACAAUCGCAACCGGCAACUUGGGUGAUAGUUUCGAGCUAGAUCUGCUGUUGGCCCAGUUAGAAGGGGACCCCGCUGCUAGUUUUAUGUUCGAACCAGCUCGAAUAAUUCCCCAUCACCCAUACUAUCCCAACCAAUACGGUCGCCUACACCACCAACACCUGCACCGGUGUUGUCUCUCCCACCUCCUCCGGCAGAACGACCUGUCUUGCAAACGGGCCAAAAACGACCGUAAGUUUAUAUCACAGUACUUGUCGAAUUCCAUCGUAACAGAUUAUUUUUUUAAUUGAUAACGUCGCAGCAUGAGGGGUCAUCGAUUACGCAACCAAAAACGCCACGGGAGCUAACACUUACAGCAGCUUGAAAAACAUGGAACCGGUGUACCGGGCCAAGCUGCUAGGGGACGCACGAAUUGCAACGUAUUAGACGUUGCAAAAAAGAAGAAAAACGUGUCGAGAAGGAUCUUAGUGACAUUGAGGACUCUCAAGUUCCUCAAAUCUAGAAAAUAAGUUUUUUCUCCAACCACCUGAAUAAGACGCUAUUUUGUGACAGUGUUCGGUACGUAAAAUUGACGUUUUGCGGAUUAAUCGUUUUCACCAUGGCA